CGGAGUUGUGCUAGUGUUGCCGCGACACGGGCCGUGCGGAGCCGGAGCUGGAGCCGUCCCCCCUUCUCACCCUCUCACAGCCCGCCAGCGGCGCAGGUUGCUCCCUUUGAAGAACCAUUUCUGUGUAACAUUCAUGAGACAACCUCAAUCGAAGGCAGAAAUAAUCACCAGAAUAAACCAUGGACUUUGUUAUGAAGCAGGCUCUGGGAGGAGCUACCAAGGACAUGGGGAAGAUGUUGGGAGGCGACGAAGAGAAGGACCCUGAUGCAGAGAAGAAAGAAGAGGAAAGAUUAGAAGCUCUGCGGCAAGAAGAAGAAGAGCGUGCAGGGAAAUACGCCAAGAUGGAAGCGGAGCGUGAGGUGAUGCGGCAAGGAAUACGUGACAAGUAUGGAAUAAAGAAGAAGGAGGAGAAGGAGGCGGAGGCCAUGGCGGCGAUGGAGGCACAGGCAGAGGGUAGCUUGACCCGGCCCAAGAAGGCCGUGCCCACGGGCUGUGGGGAUGAGGAGGAGGAGGAGGAAAGCAUCCUGGACACUGUGCUAAAGUACCUCCCCGCCCCCCUGCAGGACAUGUUCAAGAAGUAGAGCCCCCGCCGGCCCAGCGGACGCAGGGACGGUCACUCUGGUCACUUUGUUGCUACGUGUAAGCCAUCCUCAUUAUCUAAUGGUCACUUCCACCAUUCAAGCUCCAUGGCAUCUGUGUAGUGGCAUGGAAGCGUCAUAGCACUGAACACCCACGUCUGUGUAGCACUCAGCACAUUAACUAACCUGAUAAGCCAUGUUUAUAGUCAAUUCAAAUCUAGUAACUAAAUAGAGAAAUGAAGAAACACAUUGUUUUCUCCCUCCUCGCCUGGCCCAACCUCGAGGGCUCUGGGGAGCGGACACUUUCUGUUCAUUGUUGUGGAAAACACCCUCAGUUGACAGUCCUGGUCCUUGCCAACAUGGCCAGUCAACCCUCCCCUGUGAUACAGGCACACCGGUACACACAGACUGACAGUGUAAUACAGGCACACCGGUUACACACGGACUGACAGUGUGAUACAGGCACACCGGUACACACGGACAGUGUGAUACAGGCACACCGGUUACACACGGACUGACAGUGUGAUACAGGCACACCGGUACACACAGACAGUGUGAUACAGGCACACCGGUACACACGGACUGUGUGAUACAGGCACACCGGUACACACGGACAGUGUGAUACAGGCACACCGGUACACACAGACAGUGUGAUACAGGCACACCGGUACACACGGACUGUGUGAUACAGGCACACCGGUACACACAGACUGUGUGAUACAGGCACACCGGUACACACGGACAGUGUGAUACAGGCACACCGGUACACACGGACAGUGUGAUACAGGCACACCGGUACACACAGACAGUGUGAUACAGGCACACCGGUACACACAGACAGUGUGAUACAGGCACACCGAUACACACAGACUGACAGUGUGAUACAGGCACACCGAUACACACAGACUGUGUGAUACAGGCACACCGGUACACACAGACAGUGUGAUACAGGCACACCGGUACACACAGACAGUGUGAUACAGGCAUUGAAAUCCUCAGCUCUGCAAGUUUGCAGAAUCUGCAGUUUUGGAAUCAUAUUUAAAAGUUAUUUCUGUUAUGAUAUUAUGUAAAUUGAAGACUGUACAGACAGGGACCGGUGCACACACACACAAACAGCUGGUGAAUGUGCUGUCAGUGACCCCAGUCAAGUGUGCUCACUAUUGUUGGGUCUCUGGUGGGAGACAGCAAUGGGGAAUGGCUGUCACUGCCCAGGCCUCUGCUCCUUCACAAAGUCAGGGGGCGGGUGAGUGAGAGUGUAAUUCACUGUCACAGCCGGAGCAAGGAACACACACAAUCAGUGUGACACACGCAGACACACACAGUGUGAGACAGACACACACACGCACACUGUGUGAGACAGACACACACACACGC